UCCCCAACAAGAAUAUGAGUUCCAUGAAAGGAGGGAGAUCAAUUGCUUUGUCACUCUUUAUAACGCCUGUGCCCAGAAGAGUGCCUGGCACCGAGUAGGCUUUCAAUAAAUAUUUGUUGAAUAAUUAAUUAAUGCUGGGCACUUUAUGCAAUAGGGAAGAAUAAGUUAACGCACCCUUCACCAGUUAAGUCAUACUUCCUUUCUUCGUCGUGGGUUUAAAACCCACAAGAAAAUUGAACUGAAACAGACGUUUUCUGCUGGAAGAGUGCUAUACUUAUCUUCAGCAACUUAUACCCUGGAAGAAGAUGGCUCAUCGCCACACAUGGAUCUUGCUUCUUUGCCUUCAAACCCGUCUGGGAGCAGUUGGAAGCAACACAGACAUCACUAUGGUAAAUGGGAUUCUGGGGGAGUCAGUGACUUUCUCCUUAAGUAUCCUCAAAUCAGAAGAAGUUAAAAGUAUUUCCUGGCAUUCCAAAACAUCUGUCGCUGUUGUAGUACCAGGAAACUCAGGAACAAUGAUUACUGUAACCCACCAAAAUUACUAUGACCGACUAAAUGUCUCAGGUCUGAACUACAACCUGGAGCUCAGAAAUCUGAGGAUGGAAGAUUCAGGGAUCUACAAAGCUGACAUUACUGUAAAGAGCCUUGAAAAGGUCACCACCAUCACUAAGUGCUACAACCUUCAAGUCUAUCGUCGGCUUGGGAAGCCAAAAAUUACUCAGAGUUUAAUGACAUCUAUGAAUGGCACCUGUAAUGUCACACUGACAUGCUCUGUGGAGAAAGAAGAAAAGAAUGUGACAUACAGUUGGAGUCACCUGGGCAGAGAGGGCAAUGUCCUUCAAAUCUUCCAGACCCCUGACAACCAACACCUGACUUACACAUGUACAGCCUGGAACCCUGUCAGCAACAAUUCUGACUCCAUCUCUGCCCAGCAGCUCUGUGCAGACAUCGCAGUGGGCCUCCAGACUCGCCACCCUGGGCUGCUGAGUGGGCUGGCUGUGCUCUCUCUGUUUAUAAUCAUCAUACCUUCAGUGGUUUUGUGUCUUAUGUACAAGAGAGGACAAGGUUCCUACUUGAAGACCUUCGGUAAGAACCCUGAUGCUGACUCAAAGAAAACAAUAUACACAUACAUCACAGCUUCGAAAGAUGCCCAGACAGCAGAGUACAGAAUCUACGAUGAAAUCCCCCAGUCCAAGGUGCUCCCCACCAAGGAGGAGCCAGUGAACACGAUUUAUUCCAUAGUGCAGUACUCUGAUAAGACAGAGAAAAGCACACAGGACAGCAAACCUUCUGGGACUUCAAGCCACGAAAUUGUGAUCUAGGCUUCCAGGCAGCAUUCUCCCCUUGGAAACUAAGCUAUGACCAGAGGUACCGGUAGAUGGCCCAGACCCAGAGGUUCUCUGCCCACAUCUUCCCUGGAGAUCGCAAAUCACCAGAUCUCAACACAUAAGCAAAGAAGGAGACACUCUGUGGUUGGGCCUAGCUUGUGCCUAGAUAGAAAAAUGAACAUGUGCUCUUUCUGAAAUGACUCUUUUCCAGAUGAACGACAAGGCAGGUCCCUUGGCAUUUCCUAAUCUUCUUCAAAUCACAGCACAUGGAGAAAAAAUAGUAGUAUUUUUCUGGCACUAUUGGGUAUAUAAUCAAGGCGGCUCAUAUCUGGAGACUGUGUAUGGCUGGAGUCUGCAUAUGACUGGAAGUGAUGACUCUUCCCAGCAAACCCGUGUAUGGAAGACCAAGGCUUUGCAUGCCUUAUUAUGCCAUGGAUCCUCUGCUCACACUCAAUAUAUGUGAGGAGCCCUGGUGCAUGUCCUCCCCCAGUCUACACAGCACUUCAGGCAAAUGCAGCCCCUCACCCGAGCACCUGGCUUGGUAUGUAGAGUGUGGACUGCAUUUCAGCCUCUAUUUGUUCCUUUGCCUGGAAACUUUUGUGCAGAGUACAACUGGCCAAACCAGCCCAAACACACAUGAUCAUGUGGCGUGGCAGGUCAUCACGUUGUGGCUCUCAGCGGUGUAGACAUACUCUCCAAAGGGAUGUUAGAAAUGCUCUUUCUAUAGGGACUAGACCACUGGGGCAUUUUCUCCAGGCUGCACUUCAGAAACCUCGUAAGAUUUUUUUUUUUCUGGCCAAGAUUUCCUUCUAUAUCCUUCUGCAUUGAUUAAUUUUAUAUGUCACCUUAACUGUGCCAUGGGGUCCCUGGGUAUUUGGUUAAAUGUUAUUCGUGUGAGUGUGAGGGUGCUUCUGGAUGAGAUUAAUAUUUAAAAUUGGUAGACUGAGGAAAGCAGAUUAAUCCUCCCCUCCAAUGUGGGUGGGCAUCAUCAUAUCAAUUGAAAACCUGAAUGGAACAAAAAGGCAGAGUGAGGAAGAAUUCACUCUGUCUGCUUGACUGUCUUUGAGCUGGGACAUCAGUCUUCUAUUGCCUUUGGACUUGGACUUGGACUUUGACUGGAAAGUACCAUCAGCUCUCCUGGUUCUCAGGCCUUUGGACUCAGGCCAGAACUACAUUAUCACCUCUCCAGCUUGCUGACUACCAAUCUUGAGAUUUCUCAAUCUCCAUAACCACAUGAAUCAGUGGUUUUAUAGCUAUAUCCUCUUGGCUCCCGUUUCUAGCAGAACGAGGCUAAUGCACUUUCUAAACAGCCUUAUCAAGAAGAAGAAGCCAGGAUUGCCCUUUGUGGCCCAGUGGAAAGGAAUCUGACUAGUAUCCAUGAGGAUGUGGGUUCAAUCCCUGGCCUCAAUCAGUGGGUUAAGGAUCCAGCGUUGUCGUGAGCUGUGGUGUCAGUUGCAGACACGGCUUAGAUCCCACAUUACUAUGGCUGUGUGCUGUGGCCCGCAGCUGUAGCUCUGGUUUGACCCCUAGGCUGGGAACUUCCAUAUGCCUCGAAUGUGGCCCUAAAAAGCAAAAAAAAAAAAAAAAAGGAAGAAGAAGAAGCAGUCAUACCCCCAAUCUCCAAAAAGAAUUGCUCAGCUACAUUUCUAGCACUUUUGGGGAACCCAACUAUCAAAAUAAGAGACCUUGAAGGAAGCAGUCAUUCUCCAGAGGUAAUCUGAGAGAUGAUGGAAUAGAGAUAAACCUGGGUUCCCCCCAGUUCCUAAACUUCAGACCAGAGAGUCAUGAAGUUUAAGCUAAGGUUAGUGACCUCCACUCCUCCUGCCAGCACUAUGACCUCCACUUCUCCUGCCAGCACUAUGAUCUCCUGUGACUGAGCGGAAUAUUCAAGUAAGCCUUUGAAAAACCAUUUCCCUUAUGUGUUGGCAAACAUAACCAGCUAAAUCCUAAACCCCAUGAACAAUCCCAGGCUAGACAGCAGAAAUAAACUGCAUUUAGGAAGAAAGAAAGUGUUAGUAGCAGUCAAUGGGUCCAUAGAACCGUUUAGCCCCAAUUAUCAUUAGCACUGUUUUGGAGGUUGCAAGGUCUCCAAACUAUAAGAUAAUCAUGUCUGCCCUGGUCUAACUACAGCAUAGACACUACAGCUAAAUCCUAAACUACAGGCUGCAAGGAGUGGCAUGAGCUAGCAUAGCCAGAGAACACCUUAUGAAGGCAGUGUAGCUGAAGCUGGCCCUUAAAGGGUGGGUGGGAUUCAGCAGAGAAUGAAGACAGAGGGCAUCCAAGUGAGGAAAGCAUGAAAGAAAGGACUGGAUCUGUGUGGUGUAUUUUGGGCAUCUCCCCCAGAUACACCGUGCAUGUUCACUCUCACUUGCCUAUGCGUGGCAUAGUGCUCAGCUAGAAUGUGUGCCCCUAUCCCCUGUCCAUUUACACAUCCUUCAAUAGCCAGCUCAAAUAUCACCUCCUCUAUGAAGCUUUCCUUGUUAUCACUAGUCAAAUUAAUUGUGUCUCUUUUUGCACUCCUUAUCCCAUCCCUUUGGUCCUUCUAUCACUAAAAUGUAUUUCAUUCUUCCUUAUGGAAUACAGUAGAUAUAGGAACAAUAAUUAUUUGUUUCCCUCUAUGUUGUCCCAAGGUCCAUGACAUCAUGAUCAUUAAAAAGUGAUCAUGAGAGGUAAUAUAGUUUUAAUGCAUCUCCACAUCUACCACCAGCCCACAUGGAACCUUGUAUCCUGCUUGUAAGCUAUGAAUGCUAUUGAAUAGAGUUGAAAAUGACCAGCCAACUCAAAAGGAAAGUACAUACUGCACAAAUUGAUGGAUAGAAGCCAAUCGAUAAGCAUAGCAGAAGCAAAUUUUGGUAGGCUUUAAAUAUCAGAAUGCAAACAUCAGAAGACUCUGUUGUCUGUUCCCAGUACAAAUGCAUCUUGGAGGGAGAAGACUUUCAGAAUCAGAAAGACCAACUACUAUGUCAACUGACGCAAUGAUCCAAGUGUGGGGAGGUGAAAGGCAGUCACCCUACGGAAGAACAUGAAGGAAGAAAUAAAUAGACUUGGUCCUAAAGGACAAAAAUAUUCCAAAGUCACACGGAAUAGGCUGAGCUUCUCCUGAAAUAAAAGUACUCCUCAUCUUUA